UUUAUCACCAUUACUUGAACCUCAAAAACUCAUACCUCAACAAUGGAGCUCAAUAUCCUAAUCCCCUUAUUCCUUUCUCUCUCCUCCUUCCUCUUUAUAGCCACCGCCGUCAAAAUCCCCUCCGCCGCCGGCAUCGCCUGGUGGUGCGAGCAAACCCCCUACCCGGAGCCAUGCAAGCACUUCAUGACCCAAAACAAAGGCCAAUUAAUCCUGCCCAAGAACAAAUCCGACUUCCGAAAAAUGGCCGUGAAACUGGCCCUUGAGCGCGCCAUGACGGCGGAGGGCAACACCAAGGCCCUCGGCAGCAAGUGCCGCAACCACCGCGAGAAGGCGGCGUGGUCCGACUGCGUGAAGCUCUACCAGGAGACGAUCGAGCAGCUCAACAAGACGGUCGACCCCAACACCAAGUGCACCGACUUCGACGCCCAGACGUGGCUGAGCACCGCCCUCACCAACCUCGAGACGUGCCGGACCGGCUUCGCGGAGCUCGGCGUCACCGACUUCGUGCUGCCGCUCAUGUCCAACAACGUAUCCAAACUCAUAUGCAACACGCUCGCCCUCGCCCAAACUAACGACACCACUCAUGAGACUAGUGCUUACUACAAGGGCGGCUUUCCUACGUGGGUUGCGCCCGGGGACCGGAGGCGGCUGCUGCAGGCGACGGCCGUGAGGCCCAACCUCGUCGUGGCGCAGGACGGCUCCGGCCACUACCGGACGAUCAAGGCAGCUCUCGACGCGGCCGCGGGGAGGAGCGGCAGUGGUAGGUUUGUUAUCCACGUGAAGAGAGGGGUUUAUAGAGAGAAUUUGGAGAUAGGUAGCAAGUUGAAGAAUAUAAUGCUCAUGGGCGAUGGCCUUAGGUAUACUAUUAUCACCGGCAGCAGGAGCGUCGGAGGAGGUUCCACCACCUUCAAUUCCGCCACCGUCGCGGUGACCGGAGAGGGAUUCAUUGCCCGUGGCAUAACCUUCCGCAAUACGGCGGGGCCAGAGAACCACCAGGCGGUGGCCCUCCGGUCGAGCGCCGACCUCUCAGUUUUCUACCGGUGCGGCUUCGAGGGCUACCAAGACACCCUCUACGUGCACUCGCAGCGCCAGUUCUACAAGGAGUGCUACAUCUACGGCACCGUCGACUUCAUCUUCGGCAACGCCGCCGCCGUCCUCCAGAACUGCAUGAUCUACGCCCGCCGCCCCAUGGCCAACCAGAAGAUCGCCGUCACCGCCCAGGGCCGGACCGACCCCAACCAGAACACGGGGAUCUCGAUCCACGACUCCCGGGUCAUGGCCGCCUCGGAUCUCGUGCCGGUUCUCGGGUCGUUCCAGACCUUCCUGGGGCGGCCAUGGAAGGAGUAUUCGAGGACGGUUUUCAUGCAGACGUACAUGGGUUCUUUGGUGAACCCCGCGGGGUGGCUGGAAUGGGAUGGCAACUUCGCGCUCAACACCUUGUAUUAUGGAGAGUAUAGGAAUUCGGGUCCCGGUUCCGCUACGGGUCGGAGGGUCCGGUGGAGGGGAUACCGGGUCAUAACCAGCGCCGCCGAGGCAGGGAGGUUUACGGUGGCCAAUUUUAUUGCUGGCCGGUCGUGGCUGCCCGAGGCCGGCGUGCCCUUCACCGCCGGCCUUUGAGAUUUUAUAUAUAUAAGGCACUACUUUUUAAUUAAUUCUUUUGGGUUCAUACUAUUCUUUGCUUUGUCAUUAAAUUCCCUUCAAACGUGUUGAAAUUGUAAAAUUUAUUAAUUGUGAUGAUGUAAUGUAUUUUCUAAUGGAUGAGAGCGCCAUUUAAUUUGUUAUUCAUGUAUGUACUAUGUAGUCUUGGGCAUGUUUAGCCCGCAUAAGAAAUUAAUUUUAUUUACUAUA